CGCCGUCCGGAGCCGGCGGGCAUUGUGAGCGGCGGCGCGGGCGCCCUGCCCGGCGGGGCGCGGGGCGCGGGGGGCGCGGCCCGCCAUGAACCCCGGCUUCGACCUGUCGCGCCGGAACCCGCAGGAGGACUUCGAGCUGGUGCAGCGCAUCGGCAGCGGCACCUACGGCGACGUCUACAAGGCACGGAAUGUAAACACUGGUGAAUUGGCAGCAAUUAAAGUAAUAAAACUGGAGCCAGGAGAAGACUUUUCGGUGGUACAGCAGGAGAUCAUCAUGAUGAAAGACUGCAAACAGUGCAACAUCGUCGCUACUUUGGAAGCUAUCUUAGGAAGAGACAUGCUCUGGAUCUGCAUGGAGUUUUGUGGAGGCGGCUCUCUACAGGAUAUCUACCAUGUAACGGGACCCCUUUCAGAAAUGCAGAUUGCCUAUGUGAGCCGGGAAACUCUACAGGGAUUAUACUACCUUCACAGUAAAGGAAAGAUGCACAGAGACAUAAAGGGCGCUAACAUUCUAUUGACGGAUAACGGUCAUGUGAAAUUGGCUGAUUUUGGAGUAUCUGCGCAGAUCACAGCCACCAUUGCCAAACGGAAGUCUUUCAUUGGCACGCCAUAUUGGAUGGCACCAGAAGUUGCAGCCGUUGAGAGGAAAGGGGGGUACAACCAGCUCUGUGACCUAUGGGCCGUGGGGAUCACCGCCAUCGAGCUGGCUGAGCUGCAGCCUCCCAUGUUUGACCUGCACCCAAUGAGAGCUUUGUUUCUGAUGACGAAAAGCAAUUUUCAGCCACCCAAACUAAAAGACAAACUGAAGUGGUCAAAUAAUUUCCAUCAUUUUGUGAAAAUGGCCCUCACCAAAAAUCCCAAAAAACGGCCUAAUGCUGAGAAGUUGCUACAGCACCCCUUCGUCACCCAGCAUCUGACCAGGUCUCUGGCGAUUGAGCUGUUGGAUAAAGUCAGCAAUCCAGACCAUUCCACUUACCAUGACUUUGAUGAUGACGACCCUGAGCCCCUUGUUGCUGUCCCACAUAGAAUCCAUUCAACAAGCCGAAACGUGAGGGAAGAAAAGACCCGCUCGGAGAUCAACUUUGGCCAAGUGAAAUUCGACCCACCCUUGAGGAAAGAAACGGAACCACAUCAUGAACUUCCCAGCAGUGAUGGUUUUUUGGACAGUUCAGAAGAGAUAUACUACACUGCAAGAUCUAAUCUGGACCUACAACUGGACUAUGGACAAGGACACUCGAGUAAUUACUUUUUAGGUGCAAACAAGAGCCUCCUGAAAUCGGUUGAAGAGGAACUGCACCAGCGAGGGCAUGUGGCACAUUUAGAAGAUGAUGAAGGGGAUGGUGAUGAAUCUAAACAAUCAACCCUGAGAGUAAAAGUCCCGCCUCCUUUGCCACCUAAGCCCAAGUCCAUAUUCAUACCCCAGGAAACUCUUCCCACUGAGGACGACAAUCAAGGCACCAUCAAGAGAUGUCCUGUGUCAGAGAGCCCGGCAAAACCUUCCCACGUGCCACCCAGGCCACCACCCCCCAGGUUACCUCCACAGAAGCCUGUCACUUUAGGAAACGGAGUAAACUCCCCCCAGUUAAAUGGCGAACGAGACAGCCCGUUGUACCAGCAGAGUGGACUCCGAGGCACGAACCCGCUGCGGAAGGAGAAGAAAGAUGUGCCAAAGCCAAUUAGUAACGGUCUGCCCCCGACACCAAAAGUUCAUAUGGGUGCCUGUUUUUCCAAGGUGUUCAAUGGCUGUCCCUUGAAAAUUCACUGUGCGACAUCAUGGAUCAACCCAGAAACAAGAGAUCAGUACUUGAUAUUUGGUGCCGAAGAAGGGAUUUAUACUUUGAAUCUUAAUGAGCUUCAUGAAACAUCCAUGGAACAGCUCUUCCCCCGAAGGUGUACCUGGUUGUAUGUGAUGAACAACUGCCUGCUCUCGAUAUCUGGCAAAGCUUCUCAGCUCUACUCCCAUAACUUACCCGGGCUUUUCGAGUACUCGAGACAGAUGCAGAAGCUCCCAGUGCCAAUCCCAGCACAUAAGCUCCCCGACAGAAUCCUACCACGGAAAUUUUCUGUCUCUUCAAAGAUUCCUGAUACCAAGUGGUGUCAAAAGUGUCGUGUUGCGAGAAGCCCCUUCACGGACCACACGUACCUGUGUGGGGCGCUGCAGACCAGCGUCGUCCUCCUCGAGUGGGUGGAGCCCAUGCAGAAGUUCAUGCUCAUCAAGCACAUAGAUUUCCCUCUCCCGUGUCCACUCAGGGUGUUUGAGAUGCUGGUCGCCCCCCAUCGCCAGUUCCCCCUAGUGUGCGUCGGUGUUGGGAGAGGCAAAGACUUCGGCCAGGUGGUCCGGUUCGAGACAGUCGAUCCCGACUCCACCUCCUCAUGGUUCACCGAGUCAGAGUCUCCUCUGACAAACGUGACUGACCUAACCCAGCUGGACAAGGACACUGUUCUCGUGUGCUUAGACUGUUGUAUAAAAGUGGUAAAUCUCCAAGGAAGAUUAAAAUCCAGAAGAUUCACACCCGAGCUUACCUUUGAUUUCCAGAUUGAAUCGAUUGUCUGCCUGCAGGACAGUGUGCUCGCCUUCUGGAAACACGGCAUGCAGGGGAGAAGCCUCAGGUCCAACGAGGUAACACAAGAAAUUUCAGACAGCACAAGAAUUUUCCGACUCCUUGGAUCUGACAGGGUGGUGGUUCUGGAGAGCAGGCCGACUGACAACCCCACGGCCAACAGCAACCUCUACAUCCUGGCUGGCCAUGAGAACAGCUACUGACCGAAGUUUGGCCCAAGCCCUGUCUGUGGCUGACAGGCCCUGCCCAGCUGCCAGAGCGACCACACUCACGGCUGCGCGGGAGCAGAGAGUCCAGCCUGACCUGGACGUUCUGGCCCGCCCGGCCCGCGCUCAGAGUCUGGCUGGCCAGAGACAAGACGGAGCGUCCGUUGUUCUGUGGUAGGGAAAGGUUUCUCGUAUUGAACCACACAAGUGCUUGACUCGUGUAAUCUUUGUACAUAGAGGCAGUAUUUUUCUGUGAAAAUUCAGAUUGCUGAAGACGUACACUAAGAAAUUGUAGAUAAUGUACUUUUAUGAAAUGCACAAGUUUCUUUUCUGUACAGAUGUAAAUGUUAAUGACACUGCAGUCGGGGUUAAUAUUUAAGAAUUCUUUAGGACAUCCUUGGGUGUGACUGUAUCACAGGGCAGGAUGCUGGAAUGAAACGGUUCCUUUAACACUAUUGUAUUUUUAUUCUAUGUAAUUUAGAAAUAAGAAUAUAAAUCUUGGGACUUUCAGAAUUGUUACGGAGGCUGUAAUCAUUUUGUAAUCUGGUUUUUUAUUUUCACGCGAGUACACUGGUGUUUCCGUUUGCACAGUUCUGCUCUGUGGUGUCGUGAGCGUGAGCCACAGAAGCCAGCCAUGGCCGUCUGUGGCUGUGCCCGCACCAUCUUUUUCCAUGGAAUCCAAGUGUUUACCUUGUGAACCAGCCAGUUUGCCCGCCUGUGGGAGUUACUGGUCUUUUUAUACUUCAGCAGAAUCCUGUGGAAUUGCUUGUUUGUGCUUCAGAACAAUACCUUUGACAACAUUUUGUACCUGAUGUCACACUACAGUUGUUAUGCACAGAGAAUAAAUUCAUGCUAUCCAAGAGUCCGCACUGAACAUUUCAUAUCACACCGUGAAGAACUAACAUUCCAUAGAGUGAAGUGAUUCGAAUUUCAAGUGGACAUUUCAUUUUUGUUGGCCUUCUGAUUAUCUUCAGACCUCUUUUGAUGUAGGGUGUUAACACAUGGCCCAAAUGGUUGGUUUAGUCACUACCUCACGUAAAAAGCAGAUCGGUCAUACACAUCACAGGGACUUAGUUUUGGUCAGGGUUAUUGGCUUCCUUUUUCUUUUUAUGGCUUUUCCCAGCAGGACCGUGUACGUAUCAA